GAGAGAGCAGGGAGAGAGCAGGGAGAGCAGCAGCCGCACACUCAUCUGCCGCCUGGCUCCGUGUAGACAUCUAAGCUUUGACUGCUGCUCUCUGUAAGAAAAUACACGUAACGACUUCUCCGACGUUCACACAGCCCAAGGCGCAUGCUCAGACUAACUGACGGUGCAGUGUUUUAUUCAGGAAAUCAGAGACACUGAAAAGUUUUAAAGAUGACAACUUCAUGGAGUGAUAGACUGCAGAACUAUGCAGACUUGCCUGCCAACAUGGACGGCCUGACAAUGAAAAAAUACAGAAGAGAGCCAUACCACAGAGUGUUUGUCAACAGAAGCUUGGCAAUGGAGAAGAUAAAGUGCUUUGGCUUUGAUAUGGAUUACACUUUAGCAGUGUACAAGUCACCGGAGUACGAGUCACUAGGUUUUGAACUCACAGUGGAGCGGCUGGUUUCCAUCGGCUACCCCCAGGAGCUGCUCAGCUUCGUCUAUGACCCGUCCUUUCCCACCAGGUCAGACCAGUCGCACCCCACCACGCAGAUAUCAUGAUGAUGACGAUGGCCAUCAGGUCAAUGGCAAACUGCUGCUUCUAUUACCUCUUAUAAUUGUAGCCCUUCAACCUAAACUCAGUGGAAAUACAGUAUCUCACAAAAGUGAGUACACCCCUCACAUAUAUGUAAAUAUUUGAUUAUAUCUUUUCAUGUGACAAAACUGAAGAAAUGACACUUUGCUACAAUGUAAAGUAGUGAGUGUUCAACUUGUAUAACAGUUAGGGCUGAACGAAAUCGUUUUCAAAUCAAAAUUGCUAUUUGAAUGAACGCGAUUAGCUAAUUGUGAAGACUGCGAUUAAAAUGUAGGUUAAUUAUACAGCGCAUCUGACCCGUUUUAAACAGUCGUGCAGUUACAGAUUCACUCCGUUGUCAUCCUUGUGUGACAGAAUUUCUAACCAAUCACAAGCACCAUACGCCUCCUGUUAGAGUCCUACUCACCAAUCAGAAUGGGCACACAGUGUGUACAUUUUACAACAACAAACGAAACCAGAGGAAAACGUGGGAUAUUGGCGUCAGACGAACAGACACAGGGAGCGGCUGUGCCAUGACUUUGUCCUUUGUCAACUCACAUUGAAGUGUUUCAGCAGCGGAGUGUUUAGCCUGCCCUACGUUGUUGACGUGCUGUUAAUUUGUCAUUUUGUGUGCUUCAACUAUGGAUAACAGCUCUCUGUGAACUGGUUUUGUGCUGGUCUCCGCAGGCUACAUAUUGCACAUGGAAUAUUUCAGAAUAAGAGCGUUUUUUCUGCCUGAAUUUGCUGACUUGUUCAGAUUUUGUUAAUUUGUUCAGCUGUCCUUGAUGGUUGUGCUUCUAUCAUGAUUAGUAGGCUACGUUGUUAAAUAGUUUGUUUUUUGUCUAUUUUAAUGUUACUGUUAAUUGUUGAUAUACAAUCGGGAGUCAGCACAGGUGUCUUUUAUUUUGAAAAUCGACCAGAUUCUCUAUGCCGUCUGACUUCCUGUCCGGUUCAUCUGCUCUGUUCUGCUUGACGCAGCUUCCAUCAAAAAUAGAUUGGCAGGGAAUUUUGAAAUAUAUCUG